ACAGUGCAGAUAGAAAUGCCAUGAAUAGGGCUGAUGUUAUUCCUUAUUCUACAUGUCAGAGCAUAGGAGGUGGGUGGCACAUUAAUUGGGGAGGACAGGCUCGUGGUAAUGGCUGGAGAGGAAUGGUAUCAAACACGUGGUGAUGAGCCGUUCUCCCCUCUGCAGCCUCCUGUGUGUCAGAGAACCAUGUUUGGCCUACCUGGCAUAUUUUAAUGUUGCAAAAUGUUUGGUCCUGCUGAAUGCUCCCCUGUUCUAUUGAAACAAAUAUUUGAAUCAUUGGUUUGGUGUUCUAUCAUGUAGAGAAUUAGAUUUUGUAGAAAUGCAGCCGUGCUCUGUGUAUUAUUACGUUUCAGGACUGGUUGCUGCACACACCCACCCCGUAUGGGCUGUAGACAGGGUGCAUGAAUUUGCCGUGAAGAUAAAUAUGACUUCCAUGGGUCCUGUCCCCUCUUCUUCAACCGCUUGUAAUGCGACUCACCUUUUAGAGUAAAAGUAAAGGUUUAUAUGGCAUUUACACAAGCAGCCCAAUUCUGAUAUUUUUCCCACAAAUUGGUCUUUUGACCAAUCUCAUCAGAUUAUUUCACACGAGAUCUGUUUUUUAAAAGACCAAGUUGUGUAAAAAGAUCAGAAUUGGGCUGCCUGUCAAAAUGCAGACUAGGUAAUGCUGUGUGUGGCGACAGUUGGCUGGUGCCACUUACAUGGAUGUGCACUGUGCCGGAGGAGAGAUCCACUUCACAGUGGAACACACCCGGGCUGCUCUUGCCUCCACCCUGUACAAACAUCGUUCUUUACUGCUAGGCAGGACACUAGUGAUAUGGGCCAUAAACUUUUAUUUCUCCCUUAAGAUGACCUGACCUCAACCCCCCCCUCUCCAUCACUAAUCCAUGGCUCUCUCCCCUUAUCAAUGCCUGCCACAUGUAAUCGCUUCCCUGCACUCAACACAUUCCAAGCUUAGUUGCCCCCACUAUUUACCUUCCUCCUAUAUCCCCUAACUUCUGGUGUCGACCCUCUAAACCUCAGCACUCCCUCAGUGACAUAAGUAUAUUUCCUAUUCUCAGAACCCAACAUGUCCAUCUCACUUAACCAUUCCUGCAUUGUGUGUGUGUUUUUUCUCUCUGGUGGGGUAGAGCUCGACCUAGAGCUCGACCUGGAGGAUGUGACAGAUAAUGGCAUUGCUGCCAUAGCGACAGCUAAGACCACCGCCGUCCUGCUCCCAACCACCGCUUGCAUCCUGCGGUUACCCCAGCCGCGGGCCCGAGACAUGCUGGAGGCUGGGGUCAUUGUUUCCCUGAGGAGUGACUUCAACCCUAAUGCCUACUGUUGCUCGAUGCCGGUGGUGAUGCACCUGGCGUGUGUCAACAUGAGGAUGUCCAUGCCCGAGUCUUUGGCCGCCCUCAUCAUCAACGCAGCCUACGUCCUGGGCCGCUCUCACGCGCACUGCUCCCUGGAGGUCAACAAACAUGGCGACCUGCUGGUCCUCAACGCACCACGGUAAAGUUACUGUCAAUAAAUACUACUAUAUUGUAAGAGCUGGCUUCAUUUACUGGUCAGACACCACAGUGUAUGUUACAGUUGACCGUUGAGUCAUCUAGCUGCUGAAGGUUAUCUUGUAAUUGUGGUGAGGACUGUGUAUGGCGUUGUCUAAAAUGCAGUAGCUGUGUGAAUGGAACCGAGUGGUUUGUGUGAGUGAGACUGCCUACGGUUGUGUUGAUUGUGUGAGUGAGACUGCCUACGGUUGUGUUGAUUGUGUGAGUGAGACUGCCUACGGUUGUGUUGAUUGUGUGAGUGAGACUGCCUACGGUUGUGUUGAUUGUGUGAGUGAGACUGCCUACGGUUGUGUUGAUUGUGUGAGUGAGACUGCCUACGGUUGUGUUGAUUGUGUGAGUGAGACUACCUACGGUUGUGUUGAUUGUGUGAGUGAGACUGCCUACGGUUGUGUUGAUUGUGUGAGUGAGACUACCUACGGUUGUGUUGAUUGUGUGAGUGAGACUGCCUACGGUUGUGUUGAUUGUGUGAGUGAGACUGCCUACGGUUGUGUUGAUUGUGUGAGUGAGACUACCUACGGUUGUGUUGAUUGUGUGAGUGAGACUACCUACGGUUGUGUUGAUUGUGUGAGUGAGACUACCUACGGUUGUGUUGAUUGUGUGAGUGAGACUGCCUACGGUUGUGUUGAUUGUGUGAGUGAGACUGCCUACGGUUGUGUUGAUUGUGUGAGUGAGACUGCCUACGGUUGUGUUGAUUGUGUGAGUGAGACUGCCUACGGUUGUGUUGAUUGUGUGAGUGAGACUGCCUACGGUUGUGUUGAUUGUGUGAGUGAGACUGCCUACGGUUGUGUUGAUUGUGUGAGUGAGACUGCCUACGGUUGUGUUGAUUGUGUGAGUGAGACUGCCUACGGUUGUGUUGAUUGUGUGAGUGAGA